UUGCGCCGUCCGCCUCCUUCCUUGCCUCCUCUCUCCCUUCCUCCCUUCCUCCCGUCCUUCCUUCCGCCGGGCGCGAUGGAGCCGGGGCGCAGGGCGGCCGCAGUGCUGCUGGCGCUGCUGUGCGCAGGCUGUGCGCUGCGCUCCGGGCGCGCCCAGUACGAGCGCUACAGCUUCCGCAGCUUCCCGCGGGACGAGCUGAUGCCGCUCGAGUCGGCCUACCGGCACGCGCUGGACCAAUACAGCGGCGAGCACUGGGCGGAGAGCGUGGGCUACCUGGAGAUCAGCCUGCGGCUGCACCGCCUGCUGCGCGACAGUGAGGCCUUCUGCCACCGCAACUGCAGCGCGGCACCCCAGCCCGAGCCCGCCGCCGGCCUCGCCCGCUACCCCGAGCUGCGCCUCUUCGGGGGCCUGCUGCGCCGCGCGCACUGUCUCAAGCGGUGCAAGCAGGGCCUGCCAGCCUUCCGCCAGUCGCAGCCCAGCCGCGAAGUGCUGGCCGACUUCCAGCGCCGCGAGCCCUACAAGUUCCUGCAGUUCGCCUACUUCAAGGCAAAUAAUCUUCCAAAAGCUAUUGCAGCUGCUCACACCUUUCUACUGAAGCAUCCUGAUGAUGAAAUGAUGAAGAGAAACAUGGCGUAUUACAAGAGCUUGCCUGAUGCCGAGGACUACAUUAAAGACUUGGAAACCAAGUCAUAUGAGAGCCUGUUCGUCCGAGCUGUUCGGGCAUACAAUGGCGAGAAUUGGAGAACGUCCAUCACGGACAUGGAGCUGGCCCUUCCCGACUUCUUCAAAGCCUUUUAUGAGUGUCUCGCAGCCUGUGAGGGCUCCAGGGAAAUCAAGGACUUCAAGGAUUUCUAUCUUUCCAUAGCAGAUCAUUAUAUAGAAGUUCUGGAAUGCAAAAUACAGUGUGAAGAGAACCUCACCCCAGUGAUAGGAGGCUAUCCAGUGGAGAAAUUUGUGGCUACCAUGUAUCAUUACUUGCAGUUUGCUUAUUAUAAGCUGAACGACUUGAAGAAUGCGGCCCCCUGUGCGGUCAGCUACCUGCUCUUUGACCACAAUGACAAGGUCAUGCAGCAGAACCUGGUGUAUUAUCAGUACCACAGGGACAAGUGGGGACUCUCGGACGAGCAUUUCCAGCCCAGACCAGAAGCAGUUCAGUUCUUUAACGUGACUACACUCCAGAAAGAGCUGUACGACUUUGCUAAGGAAAAUAUAAUGGAUGAUGAUGAGGGAGAGGUUGUGGAAUAUGUGGAUGACCUCUUGGAGCUGGAGGAGACUGGCUAGUCCACAGGAGCCAAAGAGACUUCCCCUUGAUGUUCAGGAAACACAGAUUCUUUGUUUUCCUUUUCCCAUUAGCCCAAGUUGUUGAUACCUCAAAGCCUUCUCUUUACUCUAAGAAGUGAAAGGGAAGCCCCCAUCUCUCACUACAUAUAACAAGGGGUGAACCUACCUUCCCUGUGACAACCCUUGCCUCCCCAUCUUCACACCUGCCUUCUCCAUGUUCACACCUGCCUCCCCAUUUUCACACCUGUCUUCCCAUCUUCACACCUGCCUUCCCCAUGUUCACACCUGCCUCCCCAUCUUCACACCUGUCUUCCCUGUGUUCACACCUGUCUUCCCAUAUUCACACCUACCUUCCCCAUGUUCACACUUGCCUCUCCAUCUUCACAACUGCCUUCUCCAUGUUUAUACCUGCCUUUCUCACCAUUUUGGUUUGAAAGACAGUUUUCCAUGGAUGUUUUUUUCCAGAAAGUCAGUAUUAUUUUUUAAAUAAGAAAAAUACUCCUAAAAGAUCAUAAUUGUGAAAACUACUGUGGCCUUUCUGCUUUUCCAGAUUUUAGUCUCCUUUCUCCCCAUCCUCUGAUCCAGCAAAGAUGGUGAGGACAAAGUGGUAAACUUCUCCACACUCCAUGAUGGUCUACACAUGGUCUGACCUGCACUGUUUCUGGCACCCACUGAAAAAGAAGUUGAGUAGACAGUGUAGAGUACAGAAAUGUGGCUUUUGCCCAACACUUUUGCAUCUCCAAAGUCUUAAGAGUUGGUCCAUCCCAUUUGAGGACAAUGUUCAGUUGUACAUCUCAGAGUUGGAAAUGGAAGAAAGCAGAGGGAGUCUAUUUUCACUCAUUCUUUCAAUAAAUAUUUAUUGAGCACC